AUGGAUGAAAAUGCCAAUGAACCUGAUGAUCAUAAUGACGUUGAUAUUGACAUGGAGUGUGACAGUGGUAACGAGUACGACAUGAGUCUAAAUGAUAAUAACGAUGUUCCCUUACUUGUUAACAUUGCCUAUUAUAAUAGAGUAGAGAUGGGGAAUAAUAAUGAUGUACAUAACUCUAGUGACAGUGAAUCGGACGACGAUGGCAGUGACAGUGAUAUGAGUGGCAACAGUGAUACAGACGACUGGGAGAUGGACUCGGAGCGUGAUGCGGAGCCGGACAGUGAUACGGACUCGGAGUGGGAUUCGGACUCCGAGUAUGAUACGGACUCGGAGUGGGGUACGGACACCGAUAGUGGGCGCAGUAGUGAUUCGUCAUUUUAA